GAGGAAGCCCCUUGUUGUUAAAGAACAACGGAGAGCUUUUACAUGUCGAUAGAAGAGGCUUGAGCGGCGUGCAUUUUUUGCUUUAUAUCCAAGCUUUUAGCUAUGGAGCUUUGAGCGAGAGCUAGGGUUUUCACUCUCGUAGACGAACGAAGCGCCAACGCUGUGCGACAAUCGCGAGCGCGAAAUUUCCAGCAAGAGCUAGGUAAGAAUGCCGCGCAGAAGAAAGACGCCGAAAGCGCCUGGGGAGACGUCCAGUCGGCCCGGCGACGAGGCCGACAGGCCCGAUCCCUCGACCGCGGCCGAGAUUUUCCGAAAUGCGCCCGCGCCAACGCCCGCGCCGCGAGCGCAGAUUGUUCCUUCUCAGCCUCCUCGCGCUGCUAUGGGAGCUCCUCCGAGGCCUCAGGUCCCGCGAGGAGGAGGGCGAGAAGGCGGCGGGAAUGGAAACGGUGGAAGAUAUGGAAGGGGUCGCGCUGGAAGGGGCUUUCCUCCUCACGAGCCCGGCCAUCAGGCUUCUACAUCGUCGGCGGUGGUGGCUUCUCAGCAGUCUCAAGCUUACUCAGUCCCUUACGGGAUGGCUCCUUACUACGGCGUUCCUCCUCCAAUUCAUUUUGGUCAGAUAGCGCAAUUUCCUGGAAUACCAUACGGCCAGGCGCCUCCUCAAGCUCCUCCGUAUGGCCACACCGGCGUGACAAUGCCGUUGGCUGGGCCUUCUACGAGUCUCAUCGAGGAGAAGCUGGGGAGCUUGCAAGUGCAGCCGCCGGAAGAGCCUCCUCGCACUCUUGUAUCCAGCAAAGCUCUCGGUUUCCCUCGAAGGCCAGGCAAAGGUGUGAUGGGCUCCAAGUGCGUGGUGAAGGCGAAUCACUUCUUUGCUGAGCUUCCUGACAAGGAUCUUCAUCAAUAUGAUGUCACAAUCACUCCCGAGGUUACAUCGCGAGGGGUGAAUAGAGCGGUCAUGGAGCUGCUCGUGAAGCUCAACAGGGAGGCUCUGGGUCGCAGACUUCCCGCUUAUGAUGGAAGGAAGAGCUUGUACACUGCUGGUCCACUUCCUUUUCAGUAUAAAGAUUUCCAGGUGACCCUCCCUGACGAAGAGGACGGAACAAAUGCGCCAAGGAGGGAGAGAUCCUUCAAGAUUGUUAUAAAAUUCGCGGCACGCGCGGACUUGCACCAUCUGGGAGAGUUUCUGGCCGGAAGGCAGCCCAAUGCACCCCAGGAAGCUCUCCAAGUUCUCGACAUCGUGUUGCGUGAGCUUCCCACUCACAGGUAUUCGCCUGUUGGACGAUCAUUUUAUUCCCCUGAUCUUGGACGGCGACAGCCACUCGGGGAUGGCCUGGAAAGUUGGCGCGGGUUUUACCAAAGUAUCAGGCCGACGCAGAUGGGAUUAUCGCUUAACAUCGAUAUGUCGUCAACUGCAUUCAUUGAGCCCUUGCCGGUAGUGGAUUUUGUUGGACAGCUUUUGGGGAAGGAUCUCAGUAGACCUCUCUCGGACGCUGAUCGCAUUAAGAUCAAAAAGGCAUUGCGGGGAGUGAAGGUUGAGGUUACCCACCGAGGUACAAUGCGGCGGAAGUACAGGAUAUCUGGCUUGACCUCACAGCCAACGCAAGAACUCACGUUUCCUGUCGACGAAAGAGGAACUUUGAAGUCAGUGGUCGAGUAUUUUCGCGAAACCUAUGGCUACACUAUACGCAGUCCAUCUUUGCCUUGUCUUGCCGUUGGUAACCAACAAAGACCAAACUACCUACCGAUGGAGGUUUGCAAAAUUGUCGAAGGUCAGCGCUACUCGAAGAGACUGAACGAACGGCAGAUCAAUAACCUUUUGAAGGUCACAUGCCAGCGUCCCAAGGACCGUGAGAACGAUAUUCUUCAGACUGUCCGCCACAACGCUUAUCACGACGAUCCUUAUGCGCAAGAAUUUGGCAUCCGCAUCAGCGAUAAGCUAGCUUCGGUGGAAGCCCGGAUACUACCGGCACCACGGUUGAAGUAUCAUGAUACUGGACGGGAGAAAGACUGCCUUCCUCAAGUUGGGCAGUGGAAUAUGAUGAACAAGAAAAUGGUGAACGGAGGAAGUGUCAACUAUUGGGCGUGCAUAAACUUCUCUCGGGGAGUCCAGGAUUCCAUUGCACACGAUUUCUGUGCUGAGUUAGCUCUCAUGUGUCAGAUUUCUGGCAUGGCGUUUACUCCGGAGCCCAUUGUUCCCGUGCAACCUGCAAGGCCAGAUCAAGUGGAGCGUGCGCUGAAAAUGCUUUGUGGGGAAGUUCAAUCAAAAGCUAAAGGGAAAGAGUUGGAAUUACUCAUUGCAAUCUUACCAGAUAGCAAUGGUGCUUUGUAUGGGGAUCUGAAGAGAAUAUGUGAAACGGAUCUUGGGCUGAUAUCGCAGUGUUGCUUAACUAAGCACGUCUAUAAAAUGACCAAGCAAUAUCUGGCUAACGUUGCUCUGAAAAUCAACGUCAAGGUUGGUGGGAGAAACACAGUUCUUGUAGAUGCGCUUUCGAGGAGAAUACCGCUUGUCAGCGACAUUCCGACGAUCAUAUUUGGUGCGGAUGUCACUCAUCCUCACCCUGGAGAGGAUUCGAGUCCAUCGAUAGCUGCGGUUGUUGCAUCGCAAGAUUGGCCCGAGGUGACGAAGUAUGCGGGAUUAGUUUGUGCUCAAGCACAUCGUCAAGAACUGAUACAAGAUCUCUACAAGACCUGGACAGACCCACAAAGCAAAACUAUAAUGCACGGUGGAAUGAUCAGGGAGCUGUUGCUAGCCUUCCACAAAGCGACGGGAAGAAAGCCGCUGAGGAUCAUUUUUUACAGAGAUGGAGUGAGCGAAGGCCAGUUUUAUCAGGUUCUAUUACAUGAGCUUGAUUCUAUCAGAAAGGCGUGUGCAUCUUUGGAAGGAAACUAUCAACCUCCGGUGACUUUCGUAGUGGUCCAAAAGCGACAUCACACACGGUUGUUUGCAAACAAUCACAAUGAUAGGGAGUCGAGAGACAAGAGCGGCAACAUCCUUCCAGGUACUGUGGUGGAUACGAAGAUCUGUCAUCCCACGGAAUUUGAUUUCUACCUCUGCAGUCACGCUGGAAUACAGGGAACUAGUCGGCCGGCACAUUAUCAUGUGCUUUGGGAUGAAAACACUUUCACGGCUGAUGGUUUGCAGUCAUUAACGAACAACCUAUGCUACACAUACGCGCGCUGCACGAGAUCUGUGUCAAUAGUGCCUCCAGCAUACUACGCCCACUUGGCUGCAUUCAGAGCAAGGUUUUAUAUGGAGCCAGAGACAUCGGACAGCGGAUCUCUGACUAGUGGAGCCGGACCUGGGAAGAGUACCACGACUGGCAGCUCGGGAUCACGCAGCGGACGCACUGGUGUCCGGCCACUGCCGCCAGUCAAGGAUAACGUGAAAAGCGUUAUGUUCUACUGCUGAUAUCAUUGUCGAGGUCGCUUUGUUUUUCUUUUUUCAUACUUUUCCUUUAGUGCUACUACCUUCGUCCUCGAUAGGGACGUGUGUGAUUUUGUUUUGCAAUGCAGAUGUUUAAUUCUCAACAA